ACGGUGGCUGUUGCAAUGGCGUUGCUGCUGCUGCUUAGCUUCGAACAUGGCGAUGCUGCUACAACUUUUGUUGUUGGCGACUCGAACGGAUGGAACAUGGGCACGGAAGGAUGGCCUAAUGGGAAGGUGUUUAGAGCCGGUGACAUAUUAAGAUUCAACUAUAACCCGACAGUUCACAACGGGGUGGCAGUGGACGAGGGGGGUUAUAGAAGCUGCAUAGCUCCAAGAGGCGCCAAAGUGUUCAAUUCAGGCAAGGAUGAAAUCAUGCUCUCAAGAGGACACAACUUCUUCAUAUGCACCACCCCCGGCCACUGCCAAGCUGGGAUGAAAAUUGCUAUCAAUUCCUUCUAGUUCUCG